AUGGGCAGAGUCCUUUGUAAAAGUGCUGCUUCGACCUUGUCGUCCACGGUUUGUAAAAAUGCUAGUUCGUUCGACGUUAACCUGCGCUUGGUGCGUUUUUUCACCGACGCUCCUUCUAGCUGGUCCCCGCUGUCGUCAUCGGCUGACAAGGCCUCCGGUCGUACUGACCUUCCUUCAACGACGUUGAAGAUUUCUAUUGACUGUGGUGGCAAUAUCCUCGUCACCGGGACAGGCCCCAGAGAAGCAAUCUGGCAGGUCGUUAUGACGAUCGGCCGUGGUAAAGCGACAGUGAACACGAAGUUUAGCGACCACCGCACGGCCGCCACUCGCUUGGCUUCGGUUAAAGCGUUUCAGAGGAAUACUCUACCAUAA